CAGGAUUAGAAGAAUGAAGAAUGACUGCAUCAUCUGCCCUCCAGCUUAGUUUUUUGUUUUGUUUAGUUUUUUCUAGUGGAGUUGGAGCCUAUCAGUACUUCAAAUGUUAGCUCUAAGUUUAGAAGUGUGCAGAGAGGUGGGGCUGUCUUGUCACAGUUUCCACGCAGACUGUUGUCCAUCACUAAGCAGUACCGUCUCAUGUCUCUUUAAAUGCGGGUUGCGUAGGUGCUUCAUGAAUGAAACCAUGUGAUCUAAACAUCAUUUGACGUCUGGCGCCUCCGACCAUAGACUAAAACAAGCAAGGAAGGAGUGGAUAUAUCUAGAGACCUGCGAGGAGGCGUGAGCGGAACAAACAUUUCUCCAACUGUCUGUCCACAACCGGCUCAACCAGCCAUCGGUGAACUCAGCCUUCGUGGGUACGGUGGAGAAAGGCGCCGGUUCGACUUCUGGUCUGUUCAGAAGAGCAAGGCUCUUGUGGCAUGACGACGACUAACAAAGGAAACAAAGCCUUGAAGGUGAAGCGUGAGCCGGGAGAAAAUGGCACCAGCCUUACAGACGAGGAGCUGGUGACUAUGUCAGUGCGGGAACUGAACCAGCACCUCCGAGGACUCACCAAAGAAGAGAUCCUACAACUGAAACAGCGGCGGCGCACCCUGAAGAACAGGGGCUAUGCUGCCAGCUGCCGGGUGAAGCGAGUCACCCAGAAGGAGGAGCUGGAAAAGCAGAAGGCCCAGCUGCAGCAAGAGGUGGACAAACUGGCCAAUGAGAAUGCGUCAAUGCGCGUUGAGCUGGACGCUCUGAGGUCUAAGUAUGAGGCAUUACAGACCUUCGCAAGGACUGUGGCACGGAGCCCCACCGUCGGGGUUGGGGUCAGAGCUGGAGGGGGAGGAGGAGGAGGGGGAGGGGUGGCAUCAUCAGUCAUUGGUCCACUCAUACCGGGGAAGGUGGCAACAGCUACGAGCGUGAUCACAAUAGUGAAGUCAAAAACAGAUGCACGGUCUUGAGGGAGGGGAAACAAGGAUGAGGGUGUGUCAGGAUGGAGUUCAGGUGCGUCUUCUCUGCCAAACGCUUCUCCUCUACCUGCACUGACACUCACAGCUGGGCAGUAUCGAUCACAUCGCCUCAGCAUCCUCCUGUCACCUGUCCCAGAUCAGAUCAGUGCAGGCAAAGGAAAGGAUGGAAGCAGCAGAAGACUUUGACACCUUUGGUCAGAGUGUGGUCAUUUAGCACAGGGAAGAUACACAGGGUUCCUACGGUCACUGAAAGCCUGAGAAGUCAUUGAAUUUGUCAUAAAAUGUGUUUUAUUCCCACAAAACCAUUAUUCUUUUAAAAAAUCUAAACCAACACCCAAAGCUCUUUGCAGUUUUGUUCAGUUGCAGUGUUAAUCAGUCCAGCAGAUUUAGGAGUCUUCAGUAUAUAGCAAUCCCUUCACACAUUUUCUUGAACAAAGUUUUAGAUCUAAAUUAGCUAAAGUAACAAUAUAUACAUAAAGCUCUGGAAAAAAUGAAGGGACCAGAGGAAAUUUAUGUAUCACAAGUCAUCAAGCUGAGCUGCUUAUAUCAGAAGGUAAAAAACAGCAAAGUGAAAGACUGGUGAAGACACAUGCCAAAAGUCAUAAACUGUGACUGGAUCGCAUAGUUAUUCACCAAAUAUGGAUUACUUACCUCAAAGUUAAAACAUCAGUAUUGUGUUUUUAAAAUUAAUAUGAAAUAGGUUUCUUUACAGUAUUUCACGGAAAUAAAAGAAGACUAGUAUUUUUUUUGACUACCUGUAAUUUUUUUUUGCAAAGGAAAGCUUUAGAUAAUUUAAUAUGUAAUACUAUGGAAAUAUUAUAAAUGCAAAGUGGACUCGUUUUUGGCAGAGCUUUAUGUAUAACACAAAUGGAACAUUGUUACUGAGCAGGAUAGUAUGGACUCUUCAGAGAGAAAUUGUCGGAUUAGAUUCACAAACAAGGUUUUGGAUCCCUGACUUCCAAAGCAACAAACUAAAUUUCAUGUGACCAGCUGUUUUUAGCACCUGCAGAGAAUUCUCAUCUUGCUCCCCAAGGCCAAGAACAUUUUUUCUCCGAAAAGUACUAUAGAAAAUAUAUAUUAUACAAUGGUGGUAACUGUAUUUCUACUGUUUUGUACUGUGUUGUCAUUCACAUGAGGUCCAAAGUGUAUUCUCUGUGUGUGAAUUGUUAUAUAUCAGGAAUUCUGUGAAAUUCUGUGAGGCGUGUUCGUUUUGGUAUUGCUAUAUUUAGUUAGCUGUAUUUUUUCUACGGUCCCUUCAAUUUCUGUGUCUGACUUUUCUCUAAUCUAUUUCUCUGUCCUUCCAUUUUUCAACUCCAACUGGCUUCCAUUGUUACAUACGAUACUAACUGAGAGGAAAAAGGGUAAAUAUUAUUAUUUACCAAAAAAGCUGAAAAAGUGCUGUAGUAUAAAGAAGAUAAAGCUAUUCAGUUUCAGUGAGUUGGUGGUAAUUUUCAGGGAAAUGGUUGUUUGGACACCAGAGCUGAAUUAAUAUUAAGUUAAGUUAUCCAUUGUCUGUGUAAGUUCCUCUCAAAAUUCAAUUCAAGAAAUUUGGAAGGGCAAGUGCCUUGGUCUCCUUAUGAUAUGCAUCAAGAUGAAGUCAAGAGGACACGGGGAAUUGUGGAAGGACAGUGGAGAUUUCAUUGCUUGUACCUGUGCUUAAUGGGAUACACUGACCAAUCAGGAAUCAGUUUGUGGCAGCAUUUAACUCUCGCUGUGCUUUGUCGUAUGAGCUGUGAAGUACCCAUCAGGAUUAUUAUUAAUAACAAUAAUAAUAAUAAUGAUAAUAAUAAUAACAAUAACAUCCAUUUAUGUGCAGUUCUUCAGUGAUCUACCAGAUGGUUUUCCUUGCACAGAAGCAGCCUUUAGAAAAUGUAAAACUCCACCUUUCCUUUUAUGGUUUACAUUCAUGAAUCUGAUUGGCUGAUGGAUCAAAAAUCUAGGUUACUAUACCUACAAAAAAAUAUAUAUGUAUUUGUUUUUGGUUUUUUUUGUUGUUGUUUUUUUUUUUACCUUAAGUCAAAAGGGUUUUUAUUGCAUUCCUCUUGCUUUUAACUACAAAUCUGCCUGUGUAAAUGCAACUGUGACGUGAACUGUACUGACAUAUUUACGUAUUCCACUGAAGAUCCAGUCACAUAAAUGGGAUGUCAUUUCACACAAGCUUUACCAUUAAAGUAGUCUUCUGUGGUGUUCUAUACUCAAAGAAUCUUUGUCUAUGUACGGUAGAGUCUGGAGUUUUAUAAAGACAAUUAUCUUUGCAUUGUUUGUAAUGACCUGUAAAAAAAAAAAACAACAAAAAAACAAAAAGGUAUAACAAAAUCUGUUUGAUAUACAGUAUCUCUCUAUUUUGCAAUUGUACCAAAAGUGGCUUAACUACUGAAUAGCUUUGUUUUUCUCUAGUGACUAGGCACGUGUGUGUAACCGUGAACUAGCGUGUGGUGUGCUGUGUAGGUUAUGUGACGAGGUAAUUAUAAUGUUCACUAUUUCAUGGAUAUGACUUUUGAUCUGUGCUUGAUUUCAGGCCGAAGUGGGUGAUGACACCCUGGGAAACUGCACUCUUUAUCUCUAAUCAUAAAAUGUCUGUCGCCCCAGCUCCAGCACUACAGACAUGUUGGCUCGCAUAUCGUUUAUCUGCCCAUGAAUCUGCACUUAUGAUUAGUUUAAAAAAAAAAAGUUUGCAUUCUGGCUGACCCAGAUCUUUCCAAAUAGGCCUUUGUGGCUUCAUUUAGGUGUUUGUAGCGAUCAAGGCUCAUUAUCACAGAUGAAUUGGCCGACGAGAUGAGGAAGUGUUAUGGUUAACCUCACUAGCUUUAUGAUGUUGUGAAUUCAGGUCAUCUGGCGAGGUAACAAAGAUGUGAAACUCAACAACAGGCCUUCCUGGCUUCAUCACCUCUACUCUUUUAAUAAGUUAUUUUUGUAGUGUGUGAUAAAGAUAUUUUGUUUUUGCUGUGUAUAUUUUAUAUAAUGUAUAUUUAAUGUUGUUCCUGUUUUGUUUUUGAGCUAUUCUGUACGUGUCAGGGAAGUGAACCUAAUUUGUCAUUGUAUUUGAUGUUUUUAUGAAGUGAAAAUAUCAGUUUUGCUAUUUAAUGGGUUAUCUGUCAAAGAGUGAGGUUUACCAUUAAGUGAUUUUUUUGUUUGUUUGUUUGUUUGUUUGUUAAACAUUCAGAAACCAGAUUUUAUUUUAAUAAUUUACAGAAAUACAUGUAAUUUUCAUACAUUUCAUACAUUUACAUGACAUUCUACUUUCCACUGUGAGGAAAGCCUAUAUCUGCUUGGUUAUUGAGAUUAGAAAGGUACGUCUUCAUCUGCAUACUUCAUUAUUCUGAAAUAAAAUUCCAAUGGGAAUAACAAGAGCGGACAGGGGUUGAGGUUUUAAAAUGGUAUUUCCCCAUAAUCUUUACACCAAUAACCAUUUGCACAUUCAUCCAACCAUGAAACCAGAGAACUGUCAAAAGAAAAUGUCUAAUACAUUUUUUAUAUCUUAUCACAGGAGUAUGUGUGGUUGUAUUUAAAGCAAAUAUAGAUAUCACACCCCGCUUAUUUAUACAUUUUAAAAGACUUUCCCUGUUUCAUAAGGGCAGAGUAAUAUCCAUUUUCUUUUUUUUUUUUAUCUGUGAUCUGUGACAUUGUACAAAUGGAGUUUUUCUUUUUACUCUUUCCGUUGUUUCCUGUCUCUCUUUAUAUUUGAUCAUUGACCAAUGUUGCUCAGUUUUUGACCACUCCUGUAUGGUCAUGUAGGUAUGACAGUUGUACAAAAAUGGCCCGAAACUUCCUGGUGCUCGUCAGAAACGUAGACAUAAGCCUAAUGUACAGUACCUGCCACUGUCAGAACAUGUUUAGUUUGUAUUUUUAUGCUUCUCUGGUUUCCAAAAGGGUGCGUAAUGUGUAAAAUGUGUCAACGCAGUGUUAAACAGAUAUCUCUAAUUAUGCAAAGGUGUCCGGCAAAACUCCUGCCGCACAGGAACAGUGAUGCUAUAGAUGUUUCAAGUUGUCUGUAUUUGUAAUUGCAGGUGCAGCGUGAUGUAGUGAAAGAGCUUCUAUACAGAGUAACAGCUGCUCUCUUUAAAUCUGGCUUAUAUGUUGUGGCCUGUGUUGCUUUUUUUUCCCCCCAGUGUCUGUUAAUGUAUUCCAGUGAAUUUUUCUAUCCGUUUCUUAACUCAAAGGAAGACAGGAUGCAGAACAUAUUGUAGCAUCAGUGCAAGGCUUCCAGUCAAACUUGAAAAUGUAACUAUUCUGUCUUCCACACUUGAUUUGUUGUGGUUGUUGGGUGUUUCCCCCGUGUAAUGCAUGUGUUGGGGCAGGUGAGAGUUAGGUGAAGUGUUGCAGAUAUUUUCCUCCUAGUUUUUACUCGCAAGACAGUUGGCUGAUAACAGUACUUUUUGUGAUCAUCAUGAGCUUUUCCUAGCAGAGUUUAUGAGCUUCAAAGACACACUGACCUUAUUUCUCAGUGUCUGUACAAGGGUUAUAUCCCCAUUUAUGAAAAGACUUUUCAUCACAACCAUAUGCAACCACUCCUGAACCACAUCCAUAAAUAUUUUACAGUAGCAGGAAAGAGCGGUUUCGUUACUUAUCCAUAAAGUGUUUUGCAACUUAAGUCAGCAGAGCAAGCCAAGACCAAGCCCUUUUUCAAAACAUCUGAUCAUAGAAGAUGCAAAUUAUUAACCCUCAUCCUGAUGCUCGGCCAAUCAGAACACGGCCAUGCAGUUGUUUGUGUUUCUAGUGAAUCACGCCACCACACUCUAAAAGCCCUUUCACCCACCUCGCUGAAGAGUAAAUGAACCAGGGAUUCUUUUGAUCAUUUGGUGUUUUCAUCAAUAAUACUGUUUGCUUUAUCUGUUGCGAUCUCUCUCUCUCUCUUUUCUGCCCUGCCUUCAUCAGUUACAGAUCCAUAUUCUACAUAUCACAUGAAGUUAUUUCCUUUUUUCCCCCCUUCUCUAAUCCCCCCGAUUGAACCAUGUGUCAUUUGGCAUGUGGUCUACCUGGUCACUGAUGGGAUAUUUUGUGUUUCCAAAGCAUAUAAUGGUCAGUUUAAAGCUAUAGAAAAGUAGUGAGUUUGUGUGAAUAUGGCGUCGCCUAUUCAGAAAUGCCCUUGUAAUAGGAAAUUCUGUGUUUUGUAAUACUUCUGUAUGGGGUGUAAUAAAUUAUUCUUCAACAGUACUUUCUAUGGGAAAAUACUUAAAAUGUGACGGUCUUUGUAAGUAUUUAUCUUCAACUAAAUUAAUGUUCUUUUUUUUUUUUUUUUUCGCAAUUUGUAGAUAUGUAAGUGAUGAUGAUAAGGUAUUGGUAAUCAUGAAAUUAACUGUUUCAUCAUCGGUCGGAUGCAUCUUUUAAUUUAUUGAUGUAUAUACUGUAUGUUUGUUAAUAACAGCUUACUUUAUUUUGUAUAUGACCAAUAAACAUGUUUUAAAAUGGAA